GAAGGAAAGGCAACCCCACGAGAUAAAAAUAACCCUUAUCUCACAUAUUAUAAGUUAUAACAAGCCAAUAAAUGCACAUACAUGCAUAUCACAAGGCACACACUCCCAAAAGUAUUUUCCAUAUCACCAAAUUUGAAGAACUAAAAAGGUUCCACCAAAGAUGUUAGAUCACUCAGAAUAUUCUCCUUCAGCGGUGGUGGCGGCAGAGUCUUUUGGUUGCAUGGACAUGGACUCACUCACCACUUCGAGAAAGAAGAAAAACAAGAAUAAAAGAAGGUUCAGUGAUGAACAAAUCAAAUCAUUGGAAACAAUGUUUGAGUCAGAGUCAAGGCUUGAGCCAAGGAAGAAGCUGGAGUUGGCAAGAGAGCUUGGGUUGCAGCCAAGACAGGUUGCUAUUUGGUUUCAGAAUAAGAGAGCUCGAUGGAAGUCAAAGAAUCUCGAACGUGACUAUAGCAUACUACGAGGCAAUUACAACAACCUGGCUUCCACGUUUGAAGCUCUUAAGAAAGAAAAGCAGGCUUUGGUUGUACAGUUGCAGAAGCUGAAUGAUCUGAUGCAAAGGCCACAAGAGGAAAGGCAGUGUUGCAGUGAAGGUCUAGCUGCAAACAGCAUCCAAGGUGAAUUGGACAAUGGAGACACUACCAAAUGUGACUCAGAAACAAAGCCAAGCUUGUCAACGGAAAGAUCAGAACAUGGAGCAGAUGUCCUGUCAGAUGAAGAUAGCAAUAUAAAAGUAGAGUACUUUACACUGGAAGAUGAACACAGUCUUCUAAAUAUGGUGGAACCUGCUGAUGGUUCCUUGACAUCACCUGAAGAUUGGAGCAGUUUGAACUCUGAUGAUCUUUUUGACCAAUCUAAUAGUAAUAAUCAGUGGUGGGACUUCUGGUCUUGAAUCAAGUAAAAUGCUCAACAAAGCAUGGAGGAUGUGUAUGCAAAAUAAUCUUCCUUGUGUUUAAAGAUUCUAGAUGGGGGGGGGGGGGGGUGGGUGUGUUGGUGAGGCAAAAUUAUGGGCCAUGGGAGGGAAGAUAAAUAUUUUAGUGCAGCAAUGAUUAUAGAGGCAAUGAAUGUAGCUUUUUUUUGCACUGUAGAAACACUCAUAUAGAGAAAUUCCAUCUAUAUCCACUUUAUGUGAUUGCAAAAGCUGCUAAUGUUGAUACUACUUCCAGA